AGACUCCAUGCUGGGAUUCCUGUGUUACUAGUAGCUCUCGAAUUAUCUUGAAGGCCUGGCAAGUAAGUGUUGCCAAGCAAAAGUCGAAGUAAAGAGAAUUCGUAGUCCAACACUUCAAAACAGAUAAACUAUUCGAGCUAAAACGUUCUAAAAUCACAUUCAAACGUAUACCUGUUUCCUUGAAAAAAGCAAGCUUUAUUAGAAUCCUGUAAUGAGCUACAUUUGAUAGAGAAUGAUCAAAAUUUCACAAGAAAGAAUAAUUUGAAAGUACAAUCGUAGGAUAAACUCCCCUCAAUAGUAAUCUUGUUUUCGAAGCCGUCUGGCAAGAACUAAGAAAGAAAGCUAAUCUUUGGAGCAUUAUGAUCUAAACAUCCACGACGUGAGAAUGAAACGGGACUGCUUUCUUUGAUGGAUGUGACACAAGCUAUGACAGCCUUGCAGCUCAGAAUUAGCAGUAGUACAUCCUUAUAGCUUUAACUGCAAAAUGCCAGGAAAAAAGAAGGGAGGGAAGAAGAAGAAAGGGGGGAAGAAGAAGAAAAAGGAAGGCUUGAAAGGGUUGCUGAGUAUUGCUGAGCUACUCAAGGCAGUGCGAGUUAAUUAUGAAUCCAAAUGCAAAGAGAUGAAAAGUUAUGUUCACCCUGAGGUGAAGAAGUUGUUAAACCAGUAUGGUGAGGACAACACUCUCCUGGCUAAGUUCAUUCUUACCCCUGGACCUGAAGAUGAGCUUCCAGUUAAGGUUCAGCCUCUUCUUGCAGCCAUGAGGGUGAUGCGCUAUAUUUACCUGAAGGAGUUGUACAUUUGGGACAUUCCUAUGAAGCACGAGGACGUUGCCUCCCUGGCACUGUUCCUAGAACAGCCCAUGUACCCAGUACAGUACCUGGAGCUAAUGGAGUGCUCUAUCGACAGCUAUGCAAUUGAAAGGUUUGGGAGGUCUUUCAUGUUCAACAAUCUGACUGCACUUGUUUUGGACUUCAAUGAGUUUGGAGAUGCAGGCUGUGCUGGCCUAUGUAAGGGACUCAAAGCAAAUGGCACAUUACUCAAGCUUAGCCUGAACUACUGCGGCUUAGGCCCACAUAGUGGUGUGAUCCUGGGUGAUACUGUAUCCAACACGGCAAUACGAGACCUGUAUCUGGAUGGCAACAAGUUGGGCUGCGAAGGUGUGAUGGAGUUGAUGAAGCUGUUUGUUGAUAAAGCAGAAAUGGAGGCCAUUGAGCGGGCGAACCCCAAACCUCCAGAGCUCCCUGAAGCAGACAUACAGGGACAAAGUAUGCUGGGGGUCCCUGUGGCCUCGGCUAUGGGCUCAAUCUCCAGACCAACAUCAGGUGCCUCUGUAAAGAGUAAAGGGAGUCCCAAAUCUGGUCGUCGUUCCGCUUCUGGUAAGAAAGGGAAGAAAGGCAAAAAAGGAAAGAAGAAAGGGAAAAAGAAGAAAGAGCCUCCACCCCCUCCCCCUGUCGGGCCGUGGAUCCAAAAGGUCCACCUUCUUGAUAAUGGCGUGGACUCCUAUGGCAGCGCGUCCACACUUGGACCCAUUAUGUGCAUGAAGAUGUUCCGCAAAUUGAUCACUCAUUCCGAGGGUCUUCAGGAGAUCGACUUGGAUGAUAACCUGAUAGGUGAUCUUGGCGGAAGGGAGAUCAUGGAGGGGCUUACUGAUCGUAAGGAAGCCGGUUUGAACUCCAUCAAGAUGAACGUCACCCAUCGCAUGAACCCCACGACCUUCGCCAACAUCAUGAAGCUUGGCGCGGGACUCAAGAAGAAGGGGAAAAAGAAAAAGAAAGGAAAAGCCGGCAAGAAACGCGUAUAGGUCCUAGCCAUCAACUGCAUAAGGCUUGCGUGACGCCACUUACGCCGCGAGCCUUACUCCGUGCGUUGCACACGCAAAAAAUCACGUGAUCGGAGAGUGUCACUCAGACACUUGGAACUUGCAUUGACGAUACUUUAUCACGUGACUUCGGUGUUGACCACGUGACUUCAGUGUUCAGGCCCGAACCCAGAACCAUUUGGAUUUGCCGACAUGGUUUCGGUAUUAUCCACGUGGCAUCUUUAUUCAUCUAAGUGAUUUUGGAAUUUAAGAAAAAACUGCAGGUAUUCAUCAAAUCAGAACCACUUUUUCUUCACCUUCACUUCAAAAACUAUAUACAUAAUAUACACAAUAUGCAACCCCCUUAUAUAAUAUAGUUUCCAGUAUAAUAGAAUGUCUUCAUUUUUUAGAGUCCAUCUCUGAAACUAUCUAAAAGCAAACUACCGAUUUGAUAGACAUGGACCUUAUAUAGGGGGAUUCUAUUGAGCUCUGAUGCUUAAUGAGAUAUUUUUUCGUGCUGGUUGACUAGUGAAGUUCCUGUCAGUCAAAUAGUACAUCCUUCAACGGUGUUCCAUUACUUCAUAAAACUGUCAAGGGUGGUCUUGGUAAGAUGGGCCACACCCUAACAAACUAUUUUUUAUCUAAAUACUCUAUUUGUUGCCCAUAUAUACAUUGUUCUAUUUCACUGUUUUCAGCUGUUGUCAAGACAACAGGUAGUCCGAGUGGUAGCCUCUGGUGAUGUUUUGGAAUCGUUUGUAGUCUUCCUUGAGUGCCUGAAAACAAAAAAACAAUAAAAACACUAUUAUGACGA